ACAUCUCUAAUAUGAUAAAUUAUCUUAAAUUAUUAAUUACCUCCAACAUCCUAGUAACCCGAAGAAGAAGAAGAAAGACUUUAUGGUCAUCGGCGGGAGACAGAUGUGAUGUUGAUGCAGGAGCAUUGUCUUUAUAAGUCCUCGCCCUUUCGCGUCUUCUUGCCCACUUGGUAUUCUAUCUCUCCCUCUCUCUGAUUGAAGCUUUGAACUGGGGAGAGAGCACGAUGGCCGAGCACAAGGCUAUGGCAGAUCCUAAGUCGAACGUCCUGCCGCGCGAGAAAUCACUGGUCGAAGAUGUCGAGGCUCCGAAGAAACGCCCGCCCCGGAACAAACAUUGGUGUGAUGAGUGGUGCGGCUAUACCCAUCAAGAAGCAACUCCACCUCAACGACGUGGAGGUCGAAGUCCUCGUCGGCAUCAUCAACCUCUACUCCCUCCUCGGCUCGGCUGUCGCCGGUAGGACCUCCGACUGGGUGGGCCGCCGCUACACCAUGGUCAUCGCCGGCGCCAUCUUCUUCGUUGGCGCCAUCCUCAUGGCUUUCGCCUUUAAUUAUGCUUUCCUUAUGUUCGGCCGCUUUGUCGCCGGUAUCGGUGUCGGAUACGCCCUCAUGAUUGCUCCCGUCUACACCGCCGAAGUCUCUCCAGCGUCGGCUCGUGGCUUCCUUACCUCAUUCCCGGAGGUGUUCAUCAACUUCGGGGUGUUACUCGGCUACGUCUCCAAUUACGUUUUUAACAAGCUCCCCAUCAACCUUGGAUGGCGGUUCAUGCUCGGCAUCGGCGUCCUACCCUCCGUCCUCCUCGCCAUCGGCGUCCUUGCCAUGCCCGAGUCCCCCCGCUGGCUUGUCAUGCAGGGCCGCCUUGGAGACGCCAAGCGCGUCCUCCAACGCACCUCCGACUCCCCCGAGGAGGCCAACCUCCGCCUUGCCGACAUCAAGGCCGCGGCCGGCAUCCCAGACACCUGCAACGACGACGUGGUCGCCGUCACUCGUCGGAAAAGCCACGGCGAGGGAGUGUGGCGGGAGCUCCUUGUCUACCCGACACCCGCUGUCCGCCACGUGCUGAUCGCCGCGGUUGGGAUCCACUUCUUCCAGCAGUCCUCGGGGAUUGACGCGGUCGUGCUCUACAGUCCCCGCAUAUUCGAGAAGGCCGGAGUGACGUCGUCGGACCACAAGCUGCUCGCGACGAUCGCCGUCGGGUUUUGCAAGACGGUCUUCAUCCUCGUCUCCACGUUCUUUCUCGACCGGGUGGGGCGGCGGCCGCUGCUCCUCACCAGCGUCGCGGGGAUGAUCAUCUCCCUCACCGCCCUCGGCUGCGGCCUCACGAUCAUCGACCACUCGAACGAGAAGCUGAUGUGGGCCAUCGGAUUGUGCAUCGCCAUGACGCUCACCUUCGUGGCGUCCUUCUCCAUGGGGUUAGGCCCUAUCGCGUGGGUCUACAGCUCCGAGAUAUUUCCACUGAGGCUCCGCGCGCAGGGCGCGAGCAUCGGGGUCGCGGUGAACCGCGCCACGAGCGGGCUCAUAACGAUGACGUUCCUGUCGCUCUCGAAGGCGAUCACGAUCGGAGGGGCCUUCUUCCUGUUCGCGGCGGUGGCCGCCGUCGCCUGGGCCUUCUUCUUCACGGUGCUCCCGGAGACGCAGGGGCGGACCCUCGAGGAUAUGCAAGUUCUUUUCGGGAGCUUGACGGGGUGGAGGUCCGUGGCGAGAAAGUUGAAGAUGGAAGUUGUGGAGGAGGACGGGAAGCGCGACGGCGGUGGAAGCCACGUUCCAUUGGGGACCAACGGGCGUGUCGACCCAAAUCAGAUAUAAAAGGAAAGUUAGAUCAUUUGCUACUAUCUUUUCCUUAUCCUUUUCCUUUCCCUUUUUUUGGGGUAUAAACCAGAGUAAAUUUGUAGAGUUGUCAAAUUGGAUUGUCAUAAAAUACUGGAAACGUACUGACUUUUCCAAUUAUUAGUCUAUAGCGGUGUGAUAAAUUGAGAAAAAAAAGGAGAAAAUGGAUGUGACGUCGUCUUUGAAAAGUGCUUGGUGUCGUUCGUAAUGGCAAACAUAUUACGAGAA